UCAACUUCAAGUAACCUGAACCCGAAACUCACCAGAGCUCCAGUUUGACUCGGAGCCCCGAAAUUUCAUUUAUAUUUAAACUGGCGUUUGUAAAAUUCUAUCCAUUUCAAAAAUUUGCGGUUGCACUUAACUCUUCAAGUUUACUUCCCUUCAAGCUUCAGCUUAAAUUCAUUAAAACCCGACCGUUCAAUUCCAGGUAUCUUUAAACGUUGAUUACAGGUAGAAAUGAUCAUAAAGAGUCUGUUCAGGAGAUAUGAAAGGUGGAAUCCCGUACAUCCAACAUAUGGGGCCUUUUGGGGCGUAGGUAUAGGCAUUGGUUGCGGAGUUGGAUGGGGUCCUGGCUUUGGCCCUGAGGUGAUUGGUUAUGUUGGAGCUGGCUGUGGUGCUGGAUUUAGUGUUGGCCUCACUUUCUUUGGUGUCGGCAUUGGUCUUCCAGCCAAUCACCUUUUUGCAGUCCCUUACGGUGCUCUUAUGGUUACAAGAAAAGGUGCAUUGGAAGUUGCUCGGUUUAGUGGUCUACUUGGCAUGAAAAAUGGCCCUGGGGAUGGCUGGGGUAACAUUGGAUCACACAUCUCUAGCAUGCAACGAACUUCAAGUACAGCAUUUUCUAGCUUCAAAGAAAAGUCACCGGACAUGAAAUCCAUGUUAAUUUCUCCGGCUAAACCUAUCAGAAAUUAUCUAGAAAGAGUCAGCUGCUGCUUCUUUCAUUCCGAUAGAGGUUCAAAAAAUUGAUGCCGUAAGAGACCCUUUCGGAGGGUGCCCUUGUGUCGUGGGAAUCAGAUCAAUUUGAUGACCAACCUUGGUACCAAGGUAGCAUUAUACAGGGAAAAUCUUCUUGCAUUCGAAGAGAAAAAGCUUUUCGUGAUUUUUAUGAGCAGAUUCAGUACUUACAAUUGAGUAAUUUGCAUAAACAAGUCACUGUCAUGGGGGAAAUGACGUGCAUUGAUAUCUCUAUAUGGAUAUCGAUGAUUAAUGUUU